AUGGCCUCUCCACGCUCGCCGUUUUCAACUUCCUCUUCCUCCUCCUCCCCCUCGCUUUAUCCCUCCUCCUUCAGCUCCGUCCACUCGCCGCCGUCACUCAGCACCAAUCUCUCCUCUGCCUCUUGGUCGCCUUCCUAUCGAGGCACCCAGGACCACUUAGACAACUUGAUUGCCAGACACGGUCACCCCACUCGAGUCUCCUUGUCCUCCCUCGAAGAAUUAACGGCCACUUCUUCAACUUAUAAUCCCCCAUCGCCUCGUCCCUCCUCGCCCGUCUCCGACACGGCCGAUUCUUUCGACGCUCUUACUCUCGGCUCGGCUUCUCGUCCCAUCCCCAUCCCCAAACCUUCCCCUCACUACGCGCAUGACAACGACCUGCCCGUCACACCAUUAACGGGGCGUUUCGACAAGGGCUACUACUUUGCCCAGCGAGAUCACCACUCCAGCCAUAGACACGGCUCUCCUUACCGUCGUUCUUCCUCUACCAGAAUGCGUUCCGACAGUUCUUCCUUCUACCCUCCAGUUGUGUCGCCUUCAAUGUCCCCCACCGGACGAUCCUCCUCCCCGCAACCCUCUCGGGCUCGAGCCCAAAACACCUCCAAGUCGGUCCCCGGCUUCCAUCUCGGCAGCCUCCCGCGCUUCCACCCGGCAGUCUAUCAGCCUUCGACCGGCAGUCAGAACCCUCCGGCUCAGCAGCACAUCUACCGUACCUCGACGAGCUCGCGAGACGCCGUCUGGCAGUAUCGGGAACUGAUGGAAGGCUCGAGCCUGUCCAAGACUCCCUCCCGGCCGCUUUCCCCCAGUCCGUCGGCUCCCCGCUUGGACCCUCUCCGCAGUCCGGGGCCCGUUACCCCUUUGGCCCUGGAAGACGCCAAUGGUUAUCUCCUAUCGGGCCCCUCCGGCUCGGAGUACUCGUCGCGUGACCACCCACAUUCCGGACCGGCGCCUGACCUCGUCGAACGGCUGAUUGCCCGCGAGAAUGAACGGACUCGCCAGAAGGUCAAGAAGGGCUCCAUGGCUAGAUGA